AUGAACUCGAUUCGCUACAGGGCAUUACACAUCCCCCGCAGGGCCCUGCCGUUGGCGGCACGCUCGCAGGUCCGACACUUCCAUCCAACCAAACCUGCUCCGUUGAUCAACGAAGCUCUCGAUGCCUCCGCCGGGCUUAUCCACGGCGUUCACGAUAUCACCGGCCUGCCCUGGGUCGCCUCGAUCCCCCUCACGGCUCUUAUAGUGCGAACACUGGUCGGAUUGCCGGCUCAGAUUUACAGCAAAGUCAACGCACGCCGCGAACAAGACAUUGGGCCCCUCAAGCUGGCCUGGGCAAACUGGGCCAACUCGGCAAAGAAGGGCCUGAAGGGAGGACCAGACUCUAGGGAGGCUGUCAAUGAAAUCAACCGAGAAUAUGACCAGAAGAUCAAGAUUCUAUACAACCGCUGGCAUAUCUCGGUCAUGUCCCGCUACGCGCCCGUCCUACAAUUACCAGUCUGGAUCUUGCUCAUGGAGAGCAUCCGUGGCAUGUCCGGUAACAAGAAUGGCUUGGUACCCUGGCUACUCUCUUUAAUUGAAGGGGGCCAAGAAGCUACCGAUGCUGCCGUCAACUCCCUUCAUCUAACGGUGGAGCCUACCUUUGCCAACGAGGGCGCGCUAUGGUUCCCCGAUCUACUUGCGGGUGACUCGACUGGUAUCUUGCCAGCAGUCCUCGCAGCUUCCAUUCUUCUCAAUGUUCAAGCGGGUUGGAAGGCUACACCACGCGCUGAUCUGGCCGAUAUGCCUAGGCUAGAGAUGUACCGAUCGCUUUCCUUUAACGGUCUGCGCGUCUUCAUUCAGCUCUUGGCGCUGAACGUGGGCCUGUCCGGGUGGUUCUAUGAGAUGCCAGCCGCGCUGUUGAUCUACUGGAUCAGUAGCUCUAAUAUUGCCUCGCUUCAGACCUACAUCUUGGGAAAGAAGAUGUUUGUGAAGCCACCAAUGCCGGCGUCCACGAGACGCUAUGUCGAUUACAGUAAUCCCGACACUCCAGAUCCGUUCCGCAUGAAACUUCGCUGA